AUGAAGGAUAAGGUCCAGAUCAUAAGAGACGGGAUGGUGGCAGCACAGAGUCGCCAGAAGAGUUAUGCAGACACAAGAAGAAUAGACCUAUCAUUCGAAAAAGGUGAUUGGGUGUACCUUAAAGUCUCACCCAUGAGCGGCAUCAAGCGGUUUUGGAAGAAAAUGAAGCUUAGCCCAAGAAUCGCAUUACCAGAAUAUUUUGGGGAGGUGCACGACGUGUUUCAUGUAUCCUCGCUGAAGAAGAGUUUCAGGCAACAUGAGCCUCGACUGGUCGACCUAGGUAACCUCCAACUGCAGCCUAACCUUACCUUUGAGGUAGCAUCGAUGCAGAUUGUGGAUUGGAAGGAACAAAGGCUGAGAUCCAAGACAACAGCAUUAAUGAAGGUGUCAUGGGGAGAUUCAAUGGCUAAGGACUUCACUUGGGAGAGAGAGGCAAACAUGAAAGAGCAUUACCCGUAUCUGUUUGGGUAUUAUUGA